AUGAGCAAAAACCUACUCAGUGCGGCGUCUUAUCAACUAGAUAUUUUGCAACCUUCCGAGAACAACUGCCAAGACAUCGGACCUGCGAGAAGCACCGCUCCGUGGCAGCCUGCAUUGGAGUUGAGUCGGGAGCUGAGAGUCAUGAAAAGAGCAAAAUUUUAUCAUUCGGGUAAACCCCAGCAUUUCGGGCCAAGUUUGAGAAAAGUGAGAGGUAUGGCUAUUCGGUUCACGGUUGCCUUGGGGUUUGUGCUCGGUAGAUUUCAUGUUAUGAAGCUCGCUCGAUGGAUCCCAAAGAUUUUAUGUAGGCCGAUACGCGUAUAUUUCCCAUUGCGAUGGCUCCAGGGCCGUAUAAUGCUUGGAGUGGCAAUUGGCAGUAACGAAGGGGUCAAAAAGGAGGCGAACGACGAAAAGGUCUUACCAGGAGAGAAACAAGCACCAAGGGAAGCCUCAAUUGCGAGCCAGAGCCUUCUAGCGUGUCCCUUUCUCGUGCUGGUAUUCCAAGGGCGAAGUACCGUAGAGUUCACAGGAUUGAGUCUCCGUGGAAAGGGGGAAGAAGCGAGGAGAUGGAGGUGCCGGGAGCGAUUGGGAGAGGGAAACGGCGAGAGAGGCUUAAUGGGUGGGAGACGAGAGUCAACCACGGCUGAAUAUAUGUGGUUGACGGUAACUCUACCACGAGACCAAUGCACCCGCACUCCCCAGACGUUUGACGGGAAGAGGAGAAACGAGAGUCGGAGAGGAGAGGAAGAGGAGAGAGAGAUUGAGUUGGAGAGAGAAGGGGAGGGAAAGGGGCGAAAGAGGAAUUCUCUCUCCUGA